UGGCGGGGGCGGGGCCGGCUGUGUCGUGGGAAAUUGGCUGAGCCGCGAAGAUGCUGCUGGACUUGUCUGAGGAGCAUAAGGAGCACUUGUCUUUCCUGCCGCAAGUGGACAGCGCGGUGGUCGCCGAGUUUGGGCGGAUUGCGGUGGAGUUCCUGAGGCGAGGAUCGAACCCUAAAAUCUACGAAGGCGCUGCCAGAAAACUCAAUGUGAGUAGUGACACUGUCCAGCAUGGCGUGGAAGGACUAACAUAUCUCCUCACUGAGAGCUCAAAGCUUAUGAUAUCUGAACUGGAUUUCCAAGACUCUGUUUUUGUUUUGGGAUUCUCUGAAGAAUUAAACAAAUUAUUGCUUCAGCUUUAUCUGGACAACAGAAAGGAGAUCAGAACUAUUCUGAAUGAAUUGGCACCUGACCUUCCUAGUUACCAUAGCCUUGAAUGGCGACUGGAUGUACAGCUUGCAAGCAGAAGUCUCCGGCAACAGAUUAAACCAGCAGUGACUUUGAAGCUACACCUUAAUCACAGUGGAGAUCACAACACCAAAGUUCUGCAGACAGACCCAGCCACCCUGCUUCACUUAGUUCAGCAGCUGGAGCAAGCACUGGAGGAGAUGAAAACAAACCACUGUCGGAGAGUAGUCCGCAACAUCAAGUAGUACCUGUUUUAAGAUUUUAGUUCUUUUUUGUUUUUGUUUUUGUUUUUUGAGACAGGGUCCCACUAUGUAGGUGAGA